AUGGAACUACAAGACAUGGGUGAGAGAGUUUUCGCCGCCGAACGCAUUCAAAAAAGACGUAUACGCAAGGGCAAAGUUGAAUUUUACGUUAAAUGGAAGGGAUGGUCCCCAAGGUACAAUACAUGGGAACCAGAAGAAAAUAUUUUAGAUUCGCGAUUGAUCGAAGCCUUCAAGAACAGUCAAGGCGAUAAAGAUGUGCUUCCACAUAAGAAAGGACCUAAACCUAAGAAAGUAAAAUUGCAGGAUUCAGCCACAGAUGACACAGGGGAUGGGUCAGACAUGGAAAUGGAAAGUCCGCCUUGUCGACGAAAAGCUGUCAGUCAUCUUGAACAAAAUCCCAGUGGUACUUCUUCCUCAUCGACCACAACAACAACAACACCAGCUUCAUCGUCAUGUGGAGAAGGCACAUCUAGUAAAUAUCGGCCUCGGGAAUCUGGUUUCCGGGGCCUUUCAACUCCUCAAAAUGAUCCGAACCGGAAAGAGCGGUCAUCAACUAAAAGUCUAGAUGAGAAAGUAAAUGAAAGCAACAUUCAACGGAGUAAAAAUAAUGAUCGACCCAGCAGCAUUGUGGGUAGCUCUAAUCCCCACAGCACUCCUCUACAAGUACACAUGCCCAUAAAAAGAGGGCCAGGCCGACCCCCUAAAAACAGACCGUUGUUAGGAGUUUCAACCCCUCCAACUACCAAAUCCUUGCCUACAACUCGACCUUCUUCAGUGAUUAAGUCAACUGGCAAUGUAGGUCAUGGUAUGAGGAAACACAGCAAGGGUACACCAUCAAGUCUCAAUGGCCAGAGUGGCAAAGACGGUAAAAACAAAGAGACCGAGUCAAGGGCUGUGUUAAGUCAGCUGCAGGAUGGCCACGAGGAAGUACCGGCCAGUCGGCACACUGACAAAAAUAAAUGCAUUUCUUUUGCUCGCGACAAUUUUGAGGGACUUGAAUACAGCACAGACACUGAAAACAAAACCAGUGCCCCUGAAAGGCGUACAUAUUGGUGUCCACCCCCAAAUGUAAAGCCCCUCCUUGACCAGGUAUUUAUUACAGACGUUACUUCCAACAUGGUUACUGUGACUGUUCGAGAAUGUGCCACGGAAAAUGGAUUCUUCCGAAAUCGAGAAGAUGGACAAUGUGCUUAA